CGGCAAUUUAUAGUUACAUACGAAAUCUACUGAAAAUUACGCAACACCUGUCAAAAUUGUAUGUACAUACAUGUGUAUCCGGUAUCUAACGUAUAUUGUUCAUUAUGAUUGCUUAACGUUACACAAAUAACUAUUUUAAUCAACGAAGUGAACGUCGUGUUAAAAACUCUUAAAAAAUGGCUGACAAAUACCGCGGAGCAAUUCCCAAUCCCUCGCAGAGUUCUGCGAUAGUAGCAGCUGGAUUGGGACUCGCGGUUGUGGGAUUCACAGGCCGCUUCAUUCUUAAAAGAAUGCCAAUUUUAACCCAAAAAAUGGCAGAAGCUAUGAAAAAUAUGCCCAAGCUAGAUUCACAGUCUUUGGCGAAUAGCAAAUACUACAAGGGUGGUUUUGAGCCAAAAAUGAGUAAAAGAGAAGCCAGUUUAAUUCUAGGAGUUUCUCCCACAGCCCCGAAGAUGAAAAUCAAAGAACAAUUUAAACGAGUCAUGAUUGCAAAUCAUCCUGAUCGAGGAGGUUCUCCUUACAUUGCAGCGAAGAUCAACGAGGCAAAAGACCUUCUAGAAAAAUGAAUUAAGCCUUCAGUUUAGCUCGAUUUAAAAAAUGUGUACAGUCUUGUUAAUUAAUUCAUUAUUUAAUGAAUUUCUUUCCGACAUCCCGUCAAAUCUGUAAAUAAGUUGCAAAAUAAAUUCUAAGUAGGAAAAGAA